CGUUCCAGCAAUUGAGGAAGUCGACGAUGCCUGGAGUGCAAGCUGGGCAGCUGACGCUUCAGUCAACUGUGAAGCUCUCGUCGGGGUACGACAUGCCCGUACUGGGAUUGGGAGUGUACCAGAAUUAUGCGUGUAUUCCUGCUUGUGAGGCUGCGCUGAGACAUGGAUAUAGACUCAUCGACACCGCUCAGAUGUAUAGGAACGAAGCGGAUGUAGGGAGAGCUGUGAAAGACAGCGGGAUUCCUCGUGAAGAAAUCUACAUUACUACGAAGAUCUCGCAAAAAUCGCAUGGAUACGACUCGACACUAUCUGUCGUCGAGGAAUCUUUGAGUAAACUAGGAGUCUCUUAUAUUGACUUGUACCUGAUCCAUAGUCCACUCUCGGGAAGGGAAAACAGACUUGCGACCUAUCGUGCCCUACUUGAACGACGGGAUGCAGGGAAGAUACGGAGCGUUGGAGUCUCUAAUUAUGGUGUGCGUCAUCUCGAAGAGUUACACGAAGCAGGUUUAGAGACUCCGAGUGUGAAUCAAAUCGAGUUGCAUCCAUUCUGCCAACAGAAGGACAUUGUCGAAUAUUGCACGCAGCGCGGAAUCGUGGUUCAAGCAUACUGUCCUCUCAUCCGUGCAGACUUCUCCAGUCCCAUACUGCAACGGGUUGCAAAGAAUGUGAACAAGGACCCUGCACAAGUUCUCGUUCGUUGGUCUCUCCAGCGCGGAUUUGUUCCACUCCCCAAAUCAUCGGUGCCAGAACGCGUAGUCUCAAACGCGAAUGUUUUCGACUUAACACUAUCAGACAGUGAUAUGGCAAUGCUCGACGCAUUAGACAAAGGCUCUGCAGGGGCAGUCUCUUGGAACCCUGUCAAUGCACCCUGACAUACCUUUGUAAGAUGAGUACAGGAUAGCCUGGCCUUUACGCUAUUUAGUUGAACAGAGUGUCACCAGGAGGAAAUUGACGUGUAGGAUUGUCAGGAUAUAUAUAUGCUUGUUGUACAUUAUGUAUACCGUGUUGAAAUAGUACAGCUAUUCUUCAGGAAAUGAAA